AUGGGCUACGGAUUCGAGGCCCUGACCUACAACAUCAAGGAUGGCUACCUUGAGGGCAUCGUGCGCGGCCACAAGACUGGCCUUCUCACGGCAGCGGACUACAACAACUUGUGCCAGUGCGAGACGCUGGACGACAUCAAGCUGAACCUGACGGCGACUGACUACGGGGAGUACCUCAAGGACGUUCCUGCCACGUUGAACACCAGCACCAUCGUGGAGCGGUGCACGCAAAAGUUGGUUGAUGAUUGGAGCCAUAUGCGAGCGCAUGCCGAUGAGCAGCUUGGAACCUUCCUGGACUACUGCACAUAUGGCCACAUGAUCGACAAUGUGGUGUUGAUCGUCACUGGCACCAUGCAUGACCGGGAUCACACGGAGCUGCUGGAGAAGUGCCAUCCGCUGGGCAUGUUCGACAGCAUCGCAACACUGGCGGUUGCAACAAGCAUGCGGGAACUGUAUCGCCUUGUACUCAUCGACACACCAUUGGCUCCAUACUUUUCGAUGAACUUGACAUCGGAGGACCUGGACGAGAUGAAUGUGGAGAUCAUGAGGAACACGCUGUACAAGGCAUACCUUGACGACUUUGCCCAAGUGUGCCAAAAGAUUGGAGGGAGCACUGCGGAGGUGAUGGGGGACAUGUUGGCCUUUGAGGCUGACCGCCGUGCCUUGAACAUCACGUUGAACAGCAUUGGAACCGAGCUGACGUUUGACGAUCGCCGGAAAUUGUACUCCAACUUUGGGCUGCUGUACCCACAUGGCCACCAGGAGCUGUCGAUGGCUGAAGACUUUGAACAAGUCAGGGCUGCGAUGGAGAAAUGCCCAGCCUACAUCCCGAUCUUCAGCAGGAUGAGCUAUGGCGAGAGCCAGAUGCUCGACAAGCUGCUGUACGAAGAAGAGGUUCGGCGCUCCGUGCUGACGUUUGAGCAACAGUUCCACUACGGCGUGUUCUACGCCUACAUGAAGCUCAGGGAGCAGGAGAUACGGAACAUAAUGUGGAUAGCGGAGUGCGUGUCCCAGGAUCAGAAGAGCAGGAUACACGAUGGUAUCGUCUUCGUGUUUUGA